CGAUAACAUUACAAGAUUCACACGAAUGUGUUGUUUAUAUUCAACGAUUGUUGGCAUUCUGCCGAGACUCGGGCCUUGACGCUCGCGUCGCGCGCGUAUAUUGACUCCCGUGGCCCAGUGACGAGUGCUCAGUGGCGGGGAGGCUGACCUAGUGAAAGCGGGGGCUCGUCCGUUGCAUCAGUGGAAAUGAAGAGAGGGCGCUUUGUACUCGCCUGCUGACACACAUCGGUCAUGGCGCACGCGGCCCGGCCAGUACAGUUGGCGGCACGCAUCUCGGCGCUUGCCACUUGUCGCGCGUCCCUCCGCUACGCGAUACGCGCUCAAAGGUUAUGUUUAUCGUCGCGUUUCCCGCUCUUGAACUCUGUGCGCCGCCUCAUGUUCGACGAAAAUUCUAAAGAUAAACAAACAUGUUGAGACUCCGAAUACCGCGAUGUGUGUCCUUGUACCCUGUACUAGGGCUGCUGGGCGCUUACACCCAGGCUUUCUCGCUUGUUCCUAUCUGCAAUUCAUCUAUCUAUUGUGUCGGGGAUCUACUGCAGAAAGUUCAACUCUCGCGCAUAUACGCGGAUUCGAAGACUUUCGUAGAUAUGAGACUUAUUCAAACUGAAAACGAAACACUCGCUGAUUUCUCGAAAUUGAUGCAUGACACUAAUAAAAAUCCAUCGCGUGAGCAGCUCACCAGCUUCGUGGACGACCACUUUAUGGAAGGAAAUGAAUUAUUAAAUUGGAUGCCGCCGGAUUUUGAUCCUGAACCACCGAUACUAAACGAGAUAGUCGAUCCUAAGCUUAAAGUAUUUGCUAAGAAUGUUAUUGGAAUUUGGUCGAAAUUAGGACGAAAAGUUGACCUCGAAGUUGCUAAAAAUCCAGACAAAUAUAGUUUUUUGUAUAUUCCCAACGGUUUCAUAGUUCCUGGAGGACGGUUCAAAGAAAUCUACUAUUGGGAUUCCUAUUGGAUGAUACGUGGUCUCCUCAUAAGUAAUAUGACACAAACUGCAAAAGGCAUGAUAGAGAACCUACUUUAUUUUGUUAACGAACUAGGAUACAUUCCUAAUGGUAGUCGAAAAUAUUACCUUGGUAGAAGUCAACCUCCGCUUCUUGCUGCAAUGGUAUCGUAUUACUUCGAGGCCACUAGGGAUCUGUCGUGGCUAGAACAACAUUUGCCGACAGUAGAGAAAGAGUUACAAUAUUGGUUGGAUAAGAAGAAAGUGACUGUUGAAAUAGAUAAAAAGAAAUAUGUGCUGCUCCGGUAUAUAUCUGAUAAAAGCAGCAAUGGCCCACGUCCGGAGUCCUAUUACGAAGACUACAUGAACGCCCUCCAACUACCACACGAGCAGCGCGAGGACUUUUAUCUAGAAAUGAAAAGCGCCGCGGAGAGUGGUUGGGAUUUUUCCACAAGAUGGUUCGUGACGGCCGGCGAUGUGAUCGGUCAUUUGACUGAUGUUCAUGCUACACGAAUCUUACCUGUUGAUUUGAACGCCAUAUUUGCCGGUGCUCUUGAGCUAGCUGGAGAUUUCAGGAGUCUGCUGAAGGAUAGACGCGAGGCUCAAAAAUGGUACAGCCUGGCUAAGUACUGGAGGAGAGCUAUAGAUAAUGUGAUGUGGGACCCGGAUGACGGGGUCUGGUACGAUUAUGAUGCGCAAGCGAGAGCACUCAGAAAACAUUUUUAUCCGAGCUGUGCAACUCCUUUGUGGUCAGGCGCUGUGGAAAAGUCUGACGCCCCUGUCUACGCCGAAAAAAUUGUGAAAUACCUUCGCUCCUCGGGAGGGUUAGACUUUCCCGGUGGGGUACCUUCUUCAGUAUUAUAUUCUGGCGAGCAGUGGGAUUAUCCUAAUGCCUGGCCCCCCAUGCAGAGUAUUUUGAUUGGCGGACUAGAUGCCAGUGGAAAUAAGGAUGCUGCAGCUCUAGCGAAAGAGCAAGCGAAAAUAUGGAUCAGAGCUAAUUACAUCGGGUAUAGUAAUUGGCAUAAAAUGUUUGAGAAGUAUAGUGCUGUGCAGCCAGGACACCAGGGCAGUGGUGGAGAGUACAAAGUCCAAGAAGGGUUUGGUUGGACCAAUGGUGUGGCCUUAGAGCUUUUGAAGCGGUACGGCAAGGAAUUGUUUAUGAACGAUCAAGUGACAGCGCUGCCUUAUGUCAGACAAGUUCGUUAAGCCCUUUGAAGUACUUACUUCUGAUCACAUCCGUCUUUCCCAGUGGGCACUUUGACGAUUGCCCAGGGCCCCGCGAUCAAUAGGGGCCCCCCUCAGAUCAAAUACAAAGUCCCUAGUUCAUAGGGGCCCCAUUAUCCUAAUAUGCCCAGGGCCACCAAUAGGUCAAAGACGGCACUGC